ACCAAACAGGUUCAUCAGUUUUUACUCCACACAUCAUCAACAUCACCUGAGGAGCUUCAGGCUUUCUGUGGAAGGAUUUCUCUUUGUCUUUUGUGAGCCGAAACCAAACACACCAAGAUGGGCAGGAUCCUAUUUGGAGUCAUUGCAGUCCUUGCAAGUCUCAUGCUGGUGGACUCCCUGACAUGCAACAAAUGCACCUUCGGUCUGAUCGGUUUCUGCCUGAACUCUGCUGAGGAGACCUGUACGUCCAACACCAGCGUCUGCUUCACUGGGAAAGCCACUUUCCCAGCGCUCUCAAGCUUCUCAGGCUUCAACACCCAGGGCUGCAAAGAUAACUCCACCGGCUGCAACAUGACCACCUCUGCCGUCCUGCUCGGUGUCACCUAUGAGACUAAACUUGAGUGCUGCUCGACAGAUAAGUGCAACCCCAUCACGCUCAGUGGCGCCCCGUCCACUAGGAUGACCCUCACCGCCGCCAUCGGUGCCGCUGUCCUGGCCUCUGCCUGGGGAAGCAUGCUGUAAAAAAACGGCUCAUACAAAAUCACACCAACAGCAGCUGUGGGCUGCUACCAACAUCAGCAGCACUAGUCAUAAUAAACUCUUUGGAUCUUAUGAGUUCACAAGUAUGAUUGCUCAUCUACUGUGACUCUCUUUACCUUUCAUAACUCAUGUCUCAGUUUUUUUUUUAACAAAAAGUUAUAUGAAAUACUAAACUCAGGUGUCAACAUGGAGGAAGUCGAGCAAUGGGACGUUUCAAGGAAACGUUGAGAUCGUAAAUCUUCCAUGUUGUUUUGCUUUGUUUAACAAUACAUUUAUUUAUCCUUUUAAAUGCUUAUUGUCUUAAUGGACAAAACAUUGAUGUUAAAAUAAAGAAAAUCAUUUAAAAAAUC